AUGUGUUAUCCAUCACGAUCAGAUACCAGCAUCGAAGUUUCUCUUUACUUUAAUGUCAAUUCUGCAGACCAAAAUCAUCGCAUGGAUAACGUGACGUCUGAAUUUGACUUGGACAAAUCAACCAACCACGUACCACAGGAAGAAACUAGUUACACGUCAGAUAAUUCU